AAAUCUACAAUAAGAUCAGUAUACUAAAUCACACGGAUAGCAAUCAAGUUGAUGCGCUUUACAUUGAAUAUUUUGAUUAAUUUUCUACGAAAUACCAUUUUUCAUAAAUUAAGUAGUUUAAUUGUUUCUUUUAUUUAGUAUACAGGUUCUUUUUCAUAAGUGUUUUUUAAUUAUACUCUUCAUGAUUGGUCUUUUCUUUAAUCUCAAUAAUCAUUUUCCAAGUUACUAGUAUAAAUCUAAAACACCUUAAAAUAUAAAAUAUUUUUAAUUCGAUUUGUUACAUUCAUAAUUUUAUCCAUAAAAUAGUGAAAAAUGUCCAAAUUAUGGGGUGGUCGUUUUAAUUCAACAACAAAUUCUGAUUUAAAUAAAUUAAAUUGUAGUUUACCAGUUGAUUCUAGAUUAUUUGCUGAAGAUAUUGAUGGUAGUAAAGCAUAUGCAAAAAUACUUAAAGAAGCUGGUGUACUUACUCCAACUGAAUGUAAUGAUAUACAAAAAGGAUUAGAAUUAGUACGAUAUGAGUGGAUAGAGAAAUUAAUUAAAUUACAAGAUACUGAUGAAGAUGUUCAUACAGUUAAUGAAAGACGUUUAAUUGAAAUUAUUGGAAAUGUUGGAGAAAAAUUGCAUACUGGUCGUAGUAGAAAUGAUCAAGUAAUAACGGAUAUGAAAUUAUGGAUGAAAAAAGCUGUUUCAGAAAUAAAAUUAAAUUUAAAAUUAUGUAUGGGAGCGCAAAUAGAAAUAGCGGAUUUAAACGAUGAGGUUUUAAUGCCUGGUUACACUCAUUUACAAAGAGCACAACCAAUAAAAUUUUCUCAUUUUAUUUUAAGUCAUGCAUUUGCAUUGCAUGAAGACUGUUUACGUUUAGUUGAUUAUGAAAAAAGAUCAGAUAUCUUGCCAUUGGGUAGUGGCGCUUUAGCUGGAAACCCAUUUAAUAUUGAUAGAAAUCUUCUAGCAACAUAUUUAGGAUUUACAAAAAUUACUCAAAAUAGUAUGCAUGCUGUUGGUGAUAGAGAUUUUAUAGUUGAGUUUAUUUUCAUAUUAAAUAUGAUUGGAAUACAUUUGUCUCGUUUGGCGGAAGAUCUUAUAUUAUAUGCAACCAAAGAAUUCAAUUUUGUACGUAUAUCAGAUGAAUAUUCGACCGGAAGUAGUUUAAUGCCUCAAAAACGUAAUCCAGAUAGUUUAGAACUUGUUCGUGGUUUAUCUGGUAAAAUAUUUGCGUCAUUAUCCGGUUUAAUGAUGAUUAUAAAAGGGACUCCGUCUACUUAUAAUAAAGAUUUACAAAUGGAUAAAAGUUUUGUUUUUGAUGGUUUUGAUUAUUUAAAAAGUUCCUUGAAUGUUAUAACUGGUGUUUUAAAAACAUUAAAAAUAAAUAAGGAAUGUAUGCUGAACUGUUUAAGUUCAGAUAUGUUAGCAACAGAUUUGGCUUAUUAUCUAGUACGUAAUGGAACUCCAUUUCGAACAGCACAUCAUACAGUUGGGCAAGUUGUCGCAUAUGCUGAAACUCUUAACACUGAUUUGGAAAAACUAAAUAUGGAAGAUCUUUCAAAAAUUGGAGAUUUUAGAUCGGAUGUUAGAAAAGUUUUUGAUUAUAAUGCGAGCGUAGAACAGUACGAUGUUGUAGGUGGUACUAGUAGCUCAUCAAUAAGGAAACAAAUUGAAUAUUUAAAAGAAUUUUUAAAAAAUUUUUAAUAAAUUUUAAAGCUCUUGAAUAGAAAAUUUAAUUUUCUUUUUUU